CUCACAAGAAGCUGCCCUUUCUUUUCCUCUAAAUAACACAGCUUGCCAUUAUUUUGUUCUUCUGUUCAUUUUCUUUCCCUCCUUUUGACUUUUUCUACCACCCCUGUCUUAUAGUCGUCUCUUUUAUUUUCUGUUCAAUUUCAAAUGGAUUCUCUUCACUCUCUUCAAGUCCACUGUUUUCUCUCUCCGCUCUCGCCCAAGAUUCGAUUACCUGAAUCCUCAAGGAGGUGUCGAUUUUCUCGCCGUUUCCAGCCCCAUUUUCCCGGAAAGUUGCGGAUAUUAUCUUCCAAUGGAUUCAGCGGGAGCAAGAACAGACAGAAACAUGUUCUCUCAAUCCGCAGUUCCUCGAAAACUGGUUCCGAAGUUGAAAGCAUCUCUCUUCAGGAAGGCGAUGAACGCCCUCCGUUUGAUAUCAAUCUUGCCGUAAUUCUUGCUGGAUUUGCCUUCGAAGCCUACACUACUCCUCCAGAGAACAUAGGCAGGCGUGAAGUUGAUGCUGCUGGUUGCAAGACAGUCUAUCUCUCUGAGGGAUUUUUUCGAGAAAUUUAUCAUGGUCAAUUGUUUGUAAGGUUGAAACAAGGGCUCAAUUUUCCCGCCAUGGAUCCCUGGGGAACAAGUGAUCCAUAUGUAGUCAUGCGGAUGGAUUCUCAGACAGCUAAAAGCAAGACAAAACCAAUAUGGAACGAGGAUUUUACUUUUAAUAUAAAGCAACCUCCAAGCAAUCCUCUACAGGUCGCAGCUUGGGAUGCAAACCUUGUGACUCCUCACAAACGCAUGGGAAAUGCAGCGGUUGACUUGGAGUGGCUUUGUGAUGGAGAUGUUCAUGAAAUAGAGGUGGAGUUGGAGGGAAUGGGUGGUGGUGGAAAGGUUCAACUGGAGGUUAAAUAUAAAACCUUUGAUGAAAUUGAGGAAGAGAAGAAGUGGUGGAAGAUACCUUUUGUUUCAGAAUUUCUAAAGAUAAAUGGUAUUGAUACUGCACUUAAAAAGGUUAUUGGUUCUGAUACAGUGCAAGCUCGCCAGUUUGUGGAGUAUGCAUUUGGGCAGUUGAAGUCAUUUAAUAAUUUGAAUCUCCAGAAGGGUCAGAUAUCUGGUAGUGAUAAUGAGAAGUAUGAUACUGAAGGCUCUGGGGAACUGAAAGAUUCUUCUGUUGAACUAAAUAUGCCUUCUCAAGAGGCUGGUAGUUCCAAAGUCUCAAAUGAAGAUUGCAUUGAACAGAGAAACUCGAAGGAGUUGCAUAAGUAUGAUGGCAAUACUGACAAUGGACAAGAUUCUGAUUCAUCAACACAAUUUAGUGAUGAAGAGCUGUCAAAUCAACUUUUCUGGAAAAAUUUUGCUAAUGUUAUUAAUGCUAACAUUGUUCAAAAGCUAGGCCUCUCUGUUCCAGAGAAGUUAAAGUGGGAUGGGUUGGAGUUUCUAAAUAAAAUUGGCUCACAGUCACAAAAUAUUGCAGAAAAUAUAUAUAUUCAGUCUGGACUUGCAUUACCAGGAGGCACGGAUGAUAAAGAUCAAACAAGUGAUAAGGAUAAUACAAGGGAUAAUGAUAAAACAAGUGAUCAGCCUGCCAUCGCUGUAAUUCAAUCUUCACUUCCAGAGGUCAAGAAAGCAACAGAGAAUUUAAUUAAACAGACUGAUUCAAUUUUAGGUGGUUUGAUGCUUCUGACUGCAACAAUUUCAAAAAUGAAAAAUGAAGCACGUUCUUCGGAAGAGAAAGAAACCAAAGAAGAUUGUAUCAAAGUAGGAGGUGAUGACACACAAAAUUCUACUAGUCAGGAGUUUCUUCCCCCACAGAAUGGAUUACUGUUGGAUGAGAAGAAAGCUGAAGAGAUGAGAGCACUUUUUUCAACAGCAGAAAGUGCUGUGGAGGCUUGGGCAAUGCUGGCCACUUCACUUGGUCAUCCUAGUUUCAUUAAGUCUGAGUUUGAAAAAAUAUGUUUCUUAGAUAAUGCAUCCACAGACACGCAGGUUGCAAUUUGGCGUGAUUCCACAAGGAGGAGGUUGGUGGUUGCAUUUAGGGGAACAGAACAGUCUCAAUGGAAGGACUUAAGAACUGAUCUAAUGCUUGUUCCAGCCGGGUUGAAUCCUGAAAGGAUAGGUGGAGAUUUCAAGCAAGAGGUUCAAGUUCACAGCGGCUUUUUAAGUGCAUACGACUCUGUUAGGAUCAGGAUCAUUUCUCUAAUUCGACUUGCAGUUGGCUUUGUAGAAGAACAUUCUGAAUCACUUCACAAAUGGCAUGUUUAUGUAACUGGUCAUAGUUUGGGUGGUGCGUUGGCAACCUUGCUUGCCCUUGAACUUUCAUCAAACCAAUUAGCUAAGCGAGGAGCAAUUUCUAUUACUAUGUACAACUUUGGAUCUCCGAGAGUCGGUAAUAAAAGAUUUGCAGAAGUUUACAAUGAGAAAGUUAAAGAUAGCUGGCGAGUUGUGAACCACAGAGAUAUUAUACCUACUGUACCCCGGCUAAUGGGAUAUUGUCAUGUUGCUCAACCUGUAUAUCUUGCUCCAGGGGCUUUAAGAAAUGCACUGGAAAACAAAGAUAUUUUGGGAGAUGGUUAUGCAGGUGAUGUUCUUGGGGAGUCAACACCAGAUAUUAUAGUCAGUGAAUUUAUGAAGGGUGAGAAGGAGCUUAUUGAGAAGUUGUUACAAACUGAAAUAAAUAUAUUCCGCUCAAUCAGAGAUGGGACUGCCCUUAUGCAGCAUAUGGAGGAUUUCUAUUAUAUAACAUUAUUGGAGAAUGUAAAAUCAAAUUACCAAACUGUCCCAAGGCCACAAUCAAAUGAAAACUACAGGCUAUAAUGAGGGAACUGCAGCUCAACAUUGUGAGGCCGUCAGUGGAGUUCCAUGCAUAAUAAGUAUGAUACAAUAUGUUCCAUGUCACAACCAAAUCUUUAAUG